AUGAAAGAAAACAUCUUUGUUUUACUAGGAUGUUCUACAACAUCAGCUGUAUUUGAUCCAAAACAAGAUUUGUGUAAUACCGGCUCGGGUUCAAAUGUAUGCAGAGGACUAUAUUCUUGUAAAGGAGUAACAGGAAUUGGUUUAGAACCAAAUGCUCCUAUAUCUACAUGUUGUGUAUAUGAUCCACCAGUUCCUAUUGGUUCAGGUUAUGGUUUGAACUUGCCUAGACUUCAGUGUUCUUCUUAUUCGUCGAUAUAUGGUUUUGGUGGUGAUGAAGGAGAUCCAAUGAAAUGGCAAUAUGGGAUUUCUUUGCAGUAUAAUGAUUCAUAUUAUACUGAUGAUUCUUGUAAGAACUGUGAGGAUAGUGGUGGAAUUUGUGGCUUUUCUGGUUCAGAUGAGUCUUUUGCUUGCAUUUGUAGGAAUGGUGUUAACACUACCAUUAAUUGCUUUGGAAGAGGUUUGUUGAUAUUUAAUGUUGUUUCUUUGGAAGAUGGACUUGUUUCUUCAUAUUCUUAUAUCAAGAUUACUAUACUAUUGGUGAAGAUGGAGCUAGUAGCCGACGAGUUCGCUAGAGUUGAUUCAGUUAUUGAGGUGUUUCAUGGUCUAGUGUGGGAUUUGGGCUAG